CUCUGCAGUUUGGGAGCCAAGGAAUAACGGAGACUGAAGUGGGAAGGUGGCAGAAUCCCCGGCUACCAGUCUGGCACAGAGUCUGCCACAGAUAAUGGGUGCUGGGAGCAUGGAUGUACUGAGAGGGCUCCUCACUGCCUGGGCUGUGUGCCUCCUACCAGGUGUCAGUGACACAUUCAACAUUGAUGAUAAGAGACCAAAGAUUAUCCAUGGGUCCAAGGAAUCGUAUUUUGGAUACACUGUACAGCAGCAUCAGAUUGCAGACAAGAAAUGGUUGGUUGUUGGAGCACCCUUUGAAAUGAAUGGAGCUCAGAAGACAGGAGACAUUUACAAGUGCCCGGUUGGCAAUGAGACCUCCAGUGACUGCACUAAACUUGGGAUAGGCAGGGUGACGCUGUCCAAUGUCUCGGAGAGGAAGGACAACAUGCGACUGGGAAUGAGUUUAGUCACAAAUCCUAAGGAUAACAGCUUUGUGGCUUGCAGCCCUCUUUGGUCCCACGAAUGUGGAAGUUCUUAUUACACCACAGGAAUGUGCUCCCGAGUCAACUCCAACUUCCGUUUCUCUAGAAUAGUGGCCCCUGCUCUACAGAGGUGUCCAACUUUCAUGGAUAUCGUGAUUGUGUUGGAUGGGUCCAACAGUAUCUACCCCUGGGUGGAAGUACAGGGUUUCCUCAUUAGUAUUCUACAGAAAUUCUACAUUGCACCUGGGCAAAUACAGGUCGGAGUACUUCAGUAUGGAGAAGACGUGGUACAUGAGUUUCAUCUGAACGACUUUCGCUCUGUGACUGAAGUGGUAGAGGCGGCGAAAAGCAUCGAGCAAAGAGGAGGGACAGAGACACGCACAGCUCUGGGAAUUGAAAAAGCAUGCACCGAGGCUUUUCAGCAUGGUGGAAGGAAGGGAGCCAAAAAAGUGAUGAUCGUUAUUACAGAUGGAGAGUCACAUGAUAAUCAAGAUUUGGAGAGGGUGAUAGAGUGCAGCGAAAAGGACAACAUAACACGCUAUGCAGUAGCAGUUCUGGGCUACUACAAUAGACGAGGUAUUAACCCUGAAGCAUUCCUGAAUGAAAUAAAAUUCAUCGCCAGUGACCCUGAUGAAAAGCACUUCUUCAAUGUAACCGAUGAGGCUGCCUUGAAAGACAUAGUGGAUGCACUUGGGGAAAGAAUAUUCAGUUUGGAAGGAGGAACUAACAAGAAUGAGACAUCCUUUGGGCUGGAGAUGUCUCAGGCUGGGUUUUCAUCUCACGUGGUGGAGGAUGGAAUUUUAUUGGGUGCUGUUGGAGCUUACGACUGGAAUGGAGCCGUCCUAAAAGAAACCAGCAGUGGAAAGGUGAUACCACGGAGAGAAUCUUACCUGAAAGAGUUCCCGGAUGAAUUGAAAAACCAUGGAGCUUACCUUGGUUACACUGUCACCUCUGUGAUGACAUCACAACAUGGCAGACUGUAUGUAGCGGGGGCUCCGCGGUUCAACCACACAGGGAAAGUAAUCCUAUUCAGCAUGCACGGCAUGGACAACCUCAUUAUCCACCAGGCUCUCCGGGGCGAACAGAUUGGAUCCUAUUUUGGCAGUGAAAUAGACUCUGUAGAUGUGGAUGGAGAUAGGGUGACAGAUGUUCUGUUGGUUGGAGCACCAAUGUUCUUCAGUGAUGGUCGAGAAAGGGGAAGGGUUUCUGUAUAUUUGUUGAGAGAUAAACGGCUUAUCUAUGAUGGAGUAUUGCGGGAUUGGGACACCUCUCAGAACUCUCGCUUCGGAUCCACCAUUGCUGCAGUGCCAGAUCUUAACCAAGACUCAUAUAAUGAUGCUGUGAUAGGAGCACCUCUUGAAGAUGACCACAAAGGAGCAAUAUACAUCUUUCACGGUAUGAAGAAGAACAUUCUGAAGAAACCCAAACAGCGCAUUGCUGCCGCAGACUUGGCACCUGGACUCGUCUACUUUGGCACUAGCAUCCAUGGGCAGAUGGAUAUGAAUGAGGAUGGCCUUGUGGAUCUAGCUGUGGGAUCCAUGGGCAAUGCUGUAUUGCUGUGGACACGAAGUGUGGUACAGGUAAAUGCCACCAUCCGGUUUGAGCCACCGAAAAUCAACAUCUUCAGCAAGGAGUGCCGCAGGAAUGGGCGAGAAGCAACAUGCAUGGCAGCCUUCAUCUGCUUUGCCCCUAUUUUUAAAGCAAUCCAGUUCCAGGGGCAGAGUUUGGCCAUUAAGUACAACGUCACCAUAGAUGAGAGAAGAUAUACACCCCGGGCAGUAAUUGAUGACAUCGGAGGAGACAAACACUUUGUAAAAACCAUCAGAGCCACCAGCGGGCACAAUCAGUGCCAACAGCUCAACUUCCAUGUUCUGGAUACAGCUGACUAUAUCAAACCAGUCACCUUUUCAUUGGAGUAUGAAUUGGCAUUUUCAGAGUCAGGUCCGGUGUUGGAAGAAGGCUGGCCAACAACAUUGAAAGUUUCAGUUCCAUUCUGGAAUGGAUGUAACCAGGAUGAACGUUGUGUACCCGACCUUGUACUCGAUGUGAAACAUGAUAUUCCUACAGCUAUGGAGUUUUGUCAGAGGUCUCUCAGAAAAGCUCAUUUAGACUGCACCACAUUCAUUAGCUCCUUCGAUAACUCUGUCUUUGUAAUUGAGAGGAGCAGGAGACGAGUAGUACUGGAAGUGACUCUGGAAAACAGAGGAGAGAAUGCGUACAGCACUGUGCUCAAUAUUUCCUACUCGCACAACCUGCAGUUUGCCAACCUUAUUACCAAGGAUGAAUCAGAUGUCAAAAUUGACUGUAUGACUGAUGUACGAAACCCAUACUCCAAGAUCUGUAAUGUCAGCUUCCCCUUCUUCAGGGCAAACGCCAAGGUGGUUUUCAGGCUGGACUUUGAAUUCAGUAAAGCUCACUUUCUCCCAGCUCUUCAAAUCCACAUCACAGCUAAUAGUGAUAGUGAAGAACUAGAAGGUACAAGGUCUGAUAAUGAAGUUCUGCUGGAUUUCAAUCUGAAAUAUGAAUCCGAUCUCCUGUUCACAAGGCAUUCAAGUCUGGAACAGUAUGAAGUCACCUCUAAGCAACCAACGGACAGAUACAAUGCAAUCGGACCUCCAUUCAAUUCUACUUUUAUGAUCCAAAAUUUGGGCUUCUUCCCAGAGGAUGUCACCAUUAAAAUCACGAUCCCAGUGGCUACUCAUAGGGGGAACCGGCUGCUCUUAAUAAAAGAUUUAAUGAGUGGCCAGGAGAAUGUAACCUGCAACGUUUGGGGGAACAGCACUGAUUAUCGUAGGAAGCCAUCGGAAGAAGACCUGAGCCACGUCCCUCAGCUGAAUCACAGUAACUCAGAUGUUAUAUCCAUUGACUGCACCAUGAGUCUGGCAUCAAACCAGGAAGUAGCAGUCACUCUACAUGGACAGCUCUGGAGGAGAUCAUUUCGAGUGAUGAAUUUUCGUUCUGUAAGUCUGGUCACGCUUGCCACGUUACAGCGCAAAUUUCACAGCCCUUUCAUUUUUCCUGAGGAAGAACCAACCCGUCAGAUUACAUUUGAGAUUUUCAAGCAGGAGGAUUGGGACGUCCCCAUAUGGAUUAUCAUUAGUAGUACUGUAGGAGGGCUUCUGCUACUGGCACUUCUGGUUCUGGCACUUUGGAAGCUGGGAUUCUUUAAACGUAGUCACCGUGAGAGAGAAGAAGAGGACAAGGUUCUGGAGUGAAGCCCAGACAUAAGGCUUGACCAAUGACUGCCCUUGUAUAUAAGCAAGUGACGAGGGCUUGAGGGAGAAGCUGGAACUACAUUUGAGGACUGCCAAGAAAUGAACAGCUGGGACAUCUCCAAAACUCCUUCCUGCACCAGGCCCACCAUGUCUUCAGUAACUAUUUAUUACUGAGUGUUUCCUCAGGGGGCAGGAUGGAGGAGCUCUCGUCCUUCAGGGAUUCGGGCCUCUAUUUAUUUAAUGUUUACCUGGCAUAUGGAUUUUAAUGAAAGCUCCGGCAGGUUCUGCUCAAGGACCAAAUUUUCAUUACAAGAAAGAGCAAAACCACUGCCCAUUUCCCAUUAACUCUUCCAACAGCCUUCUUAAGAAGCAAUCUUUGAAAAUGUUAGGAAAAUGCUAUUGAAUGUUUAAAGCAAUCCACGAGCCAUUGAAAUAAGGCCAGAUGUUACUCUCAUGAUUUUAAAACAGACAAUGAAAUGAUUGCUUUGUGUUCUGAAUCUCAGAUGCUGGACACAGAAUCCUUAGGAAUUAUCGUGUACAAACAACCAGAUGUUCCAGUAAUAUUGCAGUUCCAAAACACAUUUGGCUGACCUAGA